GAAUUUGUCGUCGCGAGCCUGAACUCUCAGCGUCGCCGUCGUCGUCGUGUCAGUCUCAACUCCUCUCAAUUAAUCCCCAAAACUCCAAUCCAAUUCCAAGCCCAGCCAUGGCGACGCCGCCGCCGGCCGCCGCCGUGGCCCUCGCCGACCUCCUCGAGUCCGGCACCUUCGCGCCACCGUCGCCGCCUCGACCCCCCGCCCCGACCACCAUCCUCUCCGCGUGGUCGCACCUCCGCAACCCCACCUCCCCCGCCGCCGCCGACGCCCUCGCCGCCCUGGAGACCCUCCACCUCCACCGCCGCUCGCUCCGCCUCUCCUCCGCCCACGUCGCGCUCCUCCUCCCGCUGCUCCCGCUCCACCCGCGCCUCGUCUCGCCGCUGCUCGCCACCAGCCCGCACCUCCUCCCGCCGUCUCUCCCCGCCUCUCUCCCCGUCUCACCUCGCCUCCUCCUCCUCGGCGCACUCGCCUCCUCUAGGAGUGCUAAGAGCCUCUCCAGCCAUGCCAAUUCGGGGAGCACAGCAGCAGAGAAUCUCGGCGGCGGCGGCGGCGAGUCCGGCGAUGGCCAUGAUAGCGAUCCUGUUGUGGCUGUAGCUCGCAUUCUUGAUGACAUGGAGAAGGGGAGCGAGAGCUGCCAUGAUCUUGAUCACCUGGCUCUUGCUGGUAUUGGUUGCGUGUUGGCAUCUGCUGAUGAGCUGCAGUUUAGAAGAAUUAUUGGAUCCUUGCUUACGAUUUGCGGGAGGAUCGGGAGCCUGUCUGUUGGUGUUAGGAUGCUUAAGCUGGUGGAGUGGUUGUUGCUGGGCUUCAUUGAGUCGAGGAAGAUGCGCAAAGUUCAGGUUCUAUUCGAGAUGAUUUCACCGGAGUCGUGUCAGAGCCAGGGCUAUGUUAUGUCUCCGGUGGUGAUGGUAGCUUGUGGUGCCCUGAGGGCAUUGAGGGUUGCUUCAGCGAGAUACCGGCUGGAUUUUGAUCCACGGUUGAAGGAGGCGCCUGAGCGGACUAUCCGAUUUGCAGCUGAGAAGGCAGUUUUAGAAGGGAAACACGUCGAUGAUAGGCGUUUACUUCUUCAAUGUGUUGCAUUGGGCUUGACGCAGUGUGGGCAGGUCACUCCUCAUGAGUCAGUGUUGCGUUGUGUCUGUAUGGCGCUACUGGAGGAGCUUCUUCCUCUGCCAGAUUUGCUCAAGAUGUCUGUGCAAUGUCCAGAUGGGAAUUCACCUGAAAUUGUCAAGAAUCGGGUGAAGCAACAUCUGGAUAGUGUGCUUUUCAAGGAGGCUGGACCUGUUGCUGGAAUUCUCUGUAAUCAGUAUUCAUUUGCCAGUGAUAAGGCUAAAACUUCUGUUGAAACGUGUGUAUGGGAAUAUGCACAAGUGCUGUAUUGUCAUCUUCGUGCAGCAGUAAUUUUGCAUCAGGGGAAGCAGGAUGAUUUGAUCACAGAUAUUGAGAAGAUCGCCGAGGCUGCAUUCCUUAUGGUUGUAGUCUUUUCAGCCGAGGUCACUAAGCACAGGUUGAAUGCUAAGUCCUCAGAGGGAUUCCAACCAGAUGUUGCUGUUAAGAUCUUGGUGUCCUUCUCUUGUUUGGAACAUCUGCGACGCUUGCGCCUUCCUGAGUACACUGAGGCAGUCCGGCGUGCUGUUCUUGUCAAUCAGGAAAAUGCGGCAGUUGCUGCUUUGUUCAUUGAGUCAAUUCCUUCUUAUGCUGAAUUGACAAGUAAACCAGAUUUAUUAACCUUGGAUGGAACAAGAUAUAUCUGGCACGGAGAUGUGGUUCAGACAUCACGCAUAUUGUUUUAUCUGCGGGUUAUACCAACUUGCAUUAGCCUCAUUCCAGCCCACAUGAUUCAGGACAAGUUAGCUUCGAUCAUGUUCUUAUACAUACAGCAUUCAAAUGAGAAAGUAACACGUGCCUCACACUCAGUGGUGGUAUCUUUCUUGUCAUCCGGCAAUGAUACUGAUCCGGAUGAUCGAAUGGCUUUGAAAGAACAACUUGCUUUUUACUAUAUCAAGAGAACUUUGGAGGCCUAUCCUGGGGUAACUCCCUUUGAAGGAUUAGCAUCAGGAGUUGCAGCACUCGCCCGACAUCUUCCUGCUGGGAGUCCAGCCACUCUUUUCUGUAUCCAUAACCUUGUUGUCAAGGCUAAAGAUCUUUGCCAUACCUCAAUGGUAGAGGACAAAUCCUUGUGGAGGUCAUGGGAAGGUAGCACAGAACCUUGUAAGAAAAUAUUAGACCUGUUGCUGCGGCUCAUCUUCCUCGUGGAUAUUCAGUCAUUCCCUUAUCUGCUGAAGGAGCUGGCGGAAUUCGUCAGUCUGCUACCGAAGGAAGGUCAGGAUGUGCUCCUUGACGACAUGCAUGCUCAUGUUGCAGAAUCUGAUGAUGUCACACGGAAGCCGGUACUUGUCUCUUGGUUGCAGUCCCUCUCCUACAUAAGCUCACAAGCUACCCGUCAUAAAUCUCUCGAUAAUGUAGGAAGCGAUGAACUAAACCUGAACAGAACUAUGGCAAGGUUGUGAUAUCAGCUUGCCUUGUGUGCUAUGCUUCUUUUUUUUUUUUCAGAAGUCAUACUAGUAUUGUAUGUACACUGCCACUACAAUGGUAUAGAGUAGAAUGGAAGAUUAGAGAUGCAAUCACUCAUUCACUAUCUGAUUUGAUAACAUGAGACACACACCAACAUUUCUGACAAUCUCAUAAAUUCAUAAUUUUACAUUUCAGACAA